UUAUCAAAGGGUGAAUGGGUGGGUACGGAGGGCCACUGAGGGAGCGCGGAGGGGUCGUAUAAAGGGAGCGAGGGCGCGAGGGGCGGCGCGAGGCUCGGCCACUCUCGCCGGGCCACAGACAACAUGGCAGGGUUCUACGAUGACCAGUUUUCCCGGAACAGCUAUAGAGGAGGAGGGGGUGGAGGAGGGCGAUACAAUGAUGGAGGGCGGUAUGGAGGUCAGCGUCCCCGCAAGCCACUGCCCACAGAGCCUCCAUACACCGCCUAUGUAGGCAACCUGCCACAGGGUGUGGUGCAGGGCGACAUUGACCAGAUCUUCAAGGAAGAGAGGGUACGCUCAGUCAGACUGGUGCAUGACAACGAGUCUGGCAAGUUCAAGGGCUUCUGCUAUGUGGAGUUUGAGGACGUGCAGAGUCUGGAGGAUGCGCUAAACUUUGAUGGGGCGCUGUUUGUCGACAAGAACAUAAGAGUGGACAUUGCAGAGUCACGUCGUGGUGACCGAGGCGGCGGCUUCGACAGGGGCCGUGGCAGGGGGAGGGGUGGGCCUGGCAGCAGAGGCGGUGACAUGAAUGACUUCCGGGGAAGAAGAGAUGGUCCUGAUGACUUUGGUGGAAGGUUCAGGAGGGAUGAGGGCGGUCGAGGGGGGCGGGGUAACUUCAGCGGUGCUGCUGGUGGUCCAGGUCCCAGGUAUGGUGCCAGCUUUGAUGACCGGGCAGGCGGGGACCGUGGCUAUGGCCGUGGGGGGCGCGGGGCACCUGCUCCAGGGCCGGGAGGACCAAGCCGCAGCGACAGCUUCCCCAGACGUGACCGCCGGGACAGCGACCGCUCUCGCAACUUUGACGAGUUCAGGGAGCCAGACCCAGAGGAGCUGUCCCAGAGGCCUCGGCUAAAGCUGCUGCCCAGAACCAAAAAGGAUCCUGUGAACCAGAUCGCUGAGACGUCACAAACAAACAGUAUAUUCGGCGGAGCAAAGCCACGCGAGGAAAACAUAAAGACUGAAGACAAAGCGUAGAGAUGUAGGAGGGUAGAGUUUUCCAUCUGUAACAGAUGUUGAGGAUAUGCAAAGUUGGACCUGCAUACUUUGGUUGAAGCUUUUGACUCUUGCACUCAGCUGUUUUCUGAGGGAUCAUUCCUCGGAGGCGCCACACUCAGCACUGCAUCUGUAGGACUGACUGGGCUAGUAUCUCCCCAAUUACUCUUAAGAGCAAUGGUUUUGGUUGAACAGUGGUGUUCAAUGUGCAUAUUUUAUUUUCAUGAAAUUGGAAAAUGUUUACUCGCUUAAAAGUGCAGCGUUAAACUUGCUAAGGUUGUUAACAUGAAUAAGGAUGUUCUACUACUACUACUACUAGUGCUGUGUGGGUUUGUGUAUUGUGACUCAACCUGGCCAGUGAGUUCAACUUAUGAAAGUGUUGAUGGAAUGCAAAAUAAUUUUCAGGCCCUUAUGGUUACCUGUACAGACUGGCCUCCCAGGCAUCCCUACCCCUCCCCCAUUGAGGCUUUGGGACGGAAUGUGUGAAAUUAACUUUAACUGUAUUUAACACUUUUCACAUAGUGUAAGUAAGCUCCUUAACUGGCUGCCAGUGGGACUCCAGUGCCGGUGUGAUAUAGAUCCUUGGUAGCUGCUGCAGAGCUUGCAUAUAAACUCCCGCCAACUUUUAACUCCCUCUGUACACCAGACGUACCACAGGCCACAGUGGCUCCGGCCUCAUUGGUUGUGGACAGUGUCUUGCCUCGUAGAUCACGAUAGCUAAAGCUCCGCGGUGGCCUGUCGUACCCGUAAAUUAAGCGUAACUUUACUGUUAUGAACUAUACCUUCGGGCAUUCUUGGCUCCCGCCGAGACAUUCCUCUUUUAACAAUUAUACUAGUUGAUGCUCCUAGUUGUUGACUUAAGAUCCGUUUUAUUUUUGAAGCAGCGGCAAGGGUUGGCAGAGGCACGGCCCCCUCGCCACAGAGGAGUGGAUUCCUGCUCCUCGGUGACUUUGAAUAAAUUUGUAUGUGCCAGACUCACUCACCAGAUUCACAGUUCUCUUGUGGAACAAUUGAAGGUUUAAAACUUUCGCCAGAAGGACUGUCAUUAGUUUUCAUGCAUUAUAGCAGAGUUGAUCUUUUGUUGCUUUUUUGUAUCCUCUAUAUUUUUUAUCAGAUAAUGAUUCUACUUCUUGAGAAUUCCUGUGUCUUGCAAGUAAAGUGGAUACCUUUUUAGGAUAUUACUUAUCAUUAGUGCAUUUGUCCUGAUUGUACAGAUCACAAUAAUCUUAAGUACUUUUUACAUAGCUUGCCACAAUAAUCCUUGAAGGUUCAAAAUCACUGUAAAACAUUGACAAAGAUGGAUUUUACACUAACUAGAUGAAAUUUUUAGUGAUUUUGGUAUUUUGUGAACAUGAAUGUAGUUUUUUUUUAUUUAUGAUCUGUGAUUCAAUGAUCAGGAAAUGUAAAGAUUAAUGGGGAAGAUGUCACAUAUUUGGUGUACAGACUUGAAAUGUUCAUACCAUUGCUAUUCUUGAAAUUAUAAUAAAGAUGUGUUUGUCAAA